AUGAAUACCAAAUUACUUGCAAAUAAGAUUAAUGACUUUUUUGUAAGUCUCACAGACCAUUUUACACCUUUGACCCGUGAUUCUCCCCCAAGCCUAGUACCAGAGGAACUUUUUGUCUCCAAUGAGGAAGUGUUUCGAUCCCUGUCGUCGCUUAACGUGGCGAAAGCUGUAGGACCCGACACCAUCCCAAAUAAAUUGCUUAAGGACUUCGCACACGAACUAGCCCCUGUCAUUCGAAACAUCUAUAACCAGUCUCUUAACGAGGGAUACAUCCCAUCACUUCUAAAAUCUUCCAUCGUCACCCCAAUGCCAAAGGUAAACCCACCAAGAGAAAUAAAGAUCGAUCUCCGCCCGAUAUCGCUCACGUGUACCCUGGCAAAAGUCAUGGAGGGAUUCACAUGUAAUAAACUACUGCCACAGUUACAUGGAAAACUCGACCCGCGACAGUUUGCGCAUAGAGGCCACUCGACAACAGAUGCUCUUCUAUUCAUGUUACAAGCCAUUUACGAGGCAGUAGAUUGUACUGAUCUAGGAGCUCGGGUCUUCUUCGCUGACUUCUCGAAAGGCUUUGAUCUAAUUGACCACAACAUGAUAAUGACUGAGUUGCGAAAACUAGAGGUUGAUCCAGCCCUCAUCAGCUGGAUCGCGGCUUUCCUAACCGAGAGAUAG